UAGAGCUAGUGUGGAAUCCUCACUGCAGGUCUAUGGGGUGCAAGGAAGACACUAAGAUGCAAUAAUAUUCUGCAUAUCCAGGACAGCAGAUAGGGGCUAGAUGCUGACACCCCAGGCACUUGCAUUUCAUGUUGUCCCUGGAUUAAGCACAUAUUGGAGCAGACUUCCCUCUGAGGCACAGGAAAUGGUUGCCAGCUCACACUAAAAGCUCUGAAACUUGAUCAGAAUCUGUAUGCUGCGGGAACAUCCCUUUUGGGACUAUGGACAAGACCUGCUGUAAGUGAGUGGAGCAAGUUGCUUUAACCUCAUCCAGCUGUUUUAUGGGAAGGAGCGCUCGGGACCUAGCAGCACCCAUGAUAGCAAUUAUCCAAUUGGCAGUGCCUUUUAAUACUUGAAUAGUGAGUUGGUGCAACUAACUGCUCACAUUAAUAACACUUCUGCAUUGUUGUUGUUGUCACUGGGGAGAAGAUAUUUAUCUAUGGAGAACAGGCGAUAAGCAGUGCACAGCAAUACUUCUGUUUAUUGCAUAGACCUGUUGCUGCUGGGCAUAAAAGAGCAACCCAUAGAAAAGCACAGAGAGUGCGGCGGAGAUGAGUUUGGUUGGAGGUUUCCCUCAUCACCCGGUGGUGCACCACGAUGGUUAUCCGUUUGCAGCAGCUGCAGCCGCCGCAGCCAGCCGUUGCCACGAAGAAAAUCCCUAUUUCCAUGGCUGGCUUAUCAGCCAUCCCGAGAUGUCUCCCCCUGAUUACAGCAUGGCACCGUCCUACAGCCCGGAGUACGCCAAUGGCGCGGUGGGACUCGACCACUCCCAUUACGGGGGUGUCCCGGGGAGCGGGGCCGGAGGCUUGAUGCAACGGCCUGUAAAGCGGAGGGGGACAGCAAACCGCAAGGAAAGGCGCAGGACUCAGAGUAUCAACAGCGCCUUCGCAGAGCUACGGGAAUGUAUCCCCAAUGUGCCAGCGGAUACCAAGCUCUCCAAGAUCAAGACCCUCCGCCUGGCCACCAGCUACAUAGCCUACCUCAUGGACCUACUGGACAAAGAUGACCAGAUUGGAGAGACAGAGGCCUUCAAGGCAGAGAUCAAGAAGACAGAUGUGAAGGAAGAAAAAAGAAAGAAAGAACUGAAUGAAAUCUUGAAAAGCACAGUCACCAGCAAUGAUAAGAAAACUAAAGGCAGGACUGGCUGGCCACAGCAUGUCUGGGCUUUGGAGCUAAAGCAGUGAUCCUAUUAACUCGAGGGAUGAAGGAAAGCCUCAAAGACUCUCUAUAUAUAUAAAUAUAUGUCCAAAGGAGAAAAAAAAACUUUAAUUAUUUGGAAUCCUCCGUUUAUUUAUGUGCAAUUUCCCCCCAACCCCCCUAAAAUGUGGAUACCUUAAGAGAAGCAUUCCAUAUAAUGAAAAGAAAAUGAUGAAUCUAAAGGUUGGUAAAGGGGUUCUCUUUGUCUCCCAGUAUUGUGAUUGUUGCAGUGUUUCCUUGAACUGAAGACAGUAGUACAAAGUGAAAAGACUCCCUGGCAUUAGCAUGUAUGUGAAGUGUAUCUGGAAAACUUGGCCUUUUGGAUAUAAAUAUUUUUGGGAUUAUAAAAAAAAAAAAAAAAAUUCCAACGGAAACAGCUGCACCAAUGUUUCAGUUGGUUUUGUAAUGUUGUCAUUUUUUUGUGAUUGUUCAACAUUUGAAGGUGUUUUCAUCUACUUGUUUUUGUGCACUUCUGUCCAAAAAAUGUGGAGUUUAAUUAAUAUUUGAAGGUGUAAACCAUUGUAAGUGAUCAAUAAACCACUGCUUGUUUUUGUA